CAAAUAUUCCAAUGUUUAAUUUAUGUGUUAAUUUGUUUUGCGAACUGUGAAGUCGAAAAUUAAAUUAAUAAAUUAUUACAAACCGACACUAUAUAUAGACAUGAAGUAUUUUUCUGUAUCGGUGAACCUUAUAACAUCGUAUGAUAAUUUAUAUUGUAAAAUGUAUAAUAUUAUGGUUAUUCUUGAAUAAUAAUCUUGCGCUCGUGCUGAUAGUUUUUUUAUCUAUGCAUUCAAAUAAAUCAAAUUCGUGAGUUGUGUGUUUUGAUUUCAGAACAAGUUAUCGUUGUCAUUUUUGAACAUUCAAAUUUUUAAGUGUUAUUAAAAAUUUUAAUUUAAAGUUUAAACGUAAAUGCUUAUAAUAUUUUGUUCGCGUAUAUUACUUUGUAAAUAUUAACUAUGUAUGAUUCUGUAAAAAAGUUUGUUUCACGACACAAACGUAAAUUAAUAAUCAGCAGUGCAUUAUUUUGUAGUACUGCGUAUGUAGUUUACACUAUUAAAAAGAAAUUAGCAGAAAAAAAAGAAAAAGAAAGUCGGGAAUAUCUGGAACGAAGUAGACGUCAACAGCACUAUGAAGCUACAGAAAACACUUCAAACCGUAUGAUAACUGAAUUUGUUAAGCAACUUCAUGUUAAAUAUUUUUCCAAAAAUUUACGCAUUGAAAAUAUUAUUGAUAAAUUGAAGAAGCAAAAUGAUUUGGCACUUUGGGAAGAAAUGAGAAUAUGUGUUUUUACUAGAGCAUGCUUACUUGUUUAUGCUGAAACUAUGUUGGUAAUAACAUUAAAAAUUCAACUCAAUCUGCUUGGAGGUCUUGUAUACAAAAGUCUAUCACAAGAUUCACCUCCAAUUUGUUCAAAAACUCAAGAAGAUUAUUUGUUACAUUUUAGUUAUUUCAUCGAAGAUGGUAUUCAACGUUUAGAAGAAUAUUUACAGAUUAAAGUUAUUAAAUAUGUACAGCAAGUUCCUAUUCAAGAACAAUACAAUUUACAGGAAUUAGAAAAACUAUUUUUUCUCAUUCAAACUGAAAUUGCAAGUGAUACAGAUAGUCCUUUUCGAUGUAUAGAUUCAUACAUGUUACACCAGAUGCCACAAGUGCGAGAAGCUCUAUUACAAGAUAUGGUAAAUGAAACACGAGAAUUAUUGAAAAAUGACGAGAUAAUUUCAGUAGCUCGUUACUGCACAUCUCAUAGUUUUAAUAAGUUAAUGGAUGCUAUUACUGUAAAUACACCUAAUCGGUCAGUAAAUUUACCCACUACUGUCAAAAUGCCUUUUGCCAAGUGGUUACCAAUUGUUGACAGAUCGACUAAAGUGACGGAAAAUGGAGACUGCACUUUAAAACAAAAUGUUCACUUGGAUGGAAAAGUCAAAGUGCUUAGCGCAAAUGUGUACGAGGCAUUUUGCUCUGCUUAAUUGUAUUUAAAAGUUUUUGUUUUUUUGAUUAAUAGUAUUUUAUGAACUUGUUUUGUUUUGUAACUCAUAUAUGUAUGGGUAUGUAUUUUUUUACUCAACUUGUAUUUAAAUUCUUACAAAUGUUAAAUUAAUUCAACCAUGAGUAUUUGUUUUUGGGAAAUUUGGGAAUUUUUAUAAUCUUAUUAGCAUUAAUAUAAAAAAAAACAUUUUGUAAUAUUGCCAUGUUUUAUGAAAUUGAAAUAUGAUCUAUUUAUCUAUUUAUCUGUAAUGCGUUAUAAUAUGCUACAUUAAAAUCAUAUUGAGUUUCACUCAGUGUUCCAAGAAAUGUA